AUGCACCUCUGCGAUUCGACAGUCUUUGCAUACACCGAUAAUCCUAAUGACCUCAAUGCCGAAAACGAUCCGAACCUCCGAGGAGCGAUCGUGAGCGACGGGGCUGGACUCCCACUUGCGCUUGACUCGUUCAAUGGAUUGGAGAUCCGAGACAGUGUAGAAGAAGACGGGGAGUCCAAUGGCCUCGAUUUGGUGCGCCGAUACCCGAAUGCCGCGAAAUCGUUGGGGAACAAUCAAUUCGUGAAUACCUCGCUCGAGAUCGGUGAUGUGCAGUGGUUCUACCUGCCUUCGACCGUGGUGAAUGGCAAACACGCCAGCAAGGGCAUAGGACUUCCUGUAUAUGUGAAUGCCACCGAUGAUGAUGACACAAAGGACGAGUUACGGAAACGAGAUGGCCUUGAGAAGCGAUCGACAACGGUGUACCUGUCGCUUACGACGUGCAGCAAGCCCCAUGCCAACAAAACGAAUACUGAGGAUGGAUUCCCGCAGUUGCAGGUGUACGUCUCCAAGUCGCAGACGCUACAGGAGCCAGGACCGGGCCAUGAUGACUCGGAUCAAGAUGUAUACACGGCUGUGGGAGGGUACGUGGGGAUUGAGAAAGACACAGAUAGCGACGUCUUCAUUGGUGUUGCUGCGCCCAACUCGACUGAUUACUCGGGAAGCUAUACAUACCAGCUUGCAGCCUCGAUCGAUACAUAUUUCCACAAUGUCGUGGACGACGACCCUUUCCUAUACUUUGUCGACGCAGAUAUGUCUGCCGCGUUACUGGUGACCAAUAACCUGACACAGGCUGAGAAAGGCUCGGAGAAUUAUCAGCAAUGGAUGAAUAUGACGCCUCCAUAUACCAUGUUUGCGCAUAACAUCAACAACACAGCCUUGGUAGGCUUGGAGCGAUCAUUCUGUGCACUUGAUGCGCUUUCGCAGGUCGGACGGAUCAGCAAGUCGGUUGAGGUUGGCAUGACUAGCCGUGGACUUGGAAAUAGACCGAAAGAGCAGUUCUACAUUACUGGACUGAACCAGAGCUCGUCUUAUAAUGGCAUUCUAGCAAUGGUGGGCAACUCCACCACGUCAGGAAAUGGCAUUGUCGGCGGCGGAGGGCAGGUGUGGAAAGCAAUGAAUUUCACAACCAAAGCAGAUGACAACUGCGCUGUCCUCUUCAACCUAACCUUCUGCUCAGAAGUAGCGUACGCCGUCCCCUCAAACCCCAAACUAAGCGUCGCCAAACUGCGCGAAAUCUACGACACCUACGCAGCAAACUACUACCAAAACUUCAGCUACAGCCUCCAACAGGUCCAAUGCAAAACAGACCAAGAAAGCAUGUUCUCUCUCGCCGUCGACUGCGACGACUGCGCAACAGCCUACAAGCAAUGGCUCUGCAGCGUAUCAAUUCCCCGCUGCGCAGACUUUAACAACAACGCCUCCUACCUAGCCGUCCGCAACGCAGGCCAGGAUUUUAUCAAUGGGUCUUCCCUACCAGCGGAUAGUCCAUACAGACAACACGUUGCAUCCAACACGUCCAGAAACACAAUCAUAGAUACAAUGAUCAAACCAGGUCCUUAUAAAGAGAUCCUGCCGUGUGAAGAUAUCUGCUCGACGCUUGUUAAGGAUUGUCCUUCUAAACUUGGGUUCAAGUGUCCCAGUGGGCGGUGGUUGAAUGCUUCUUAUGGGUAUCGCAAUUCCGAUGGUGAUAUUACUUGUUCGUAUCUUGGUGCGGCUUAUCAUUUGAGUCUUGGGGACUGA